AUGAAUAAAGAGCAAUAUAAGAGUUUCAGGGAUGAAGUCAUACAAAUACUCUCUGAUCUUGAUGGUUCUUUGUCUCUCGACCAUAAAAAUACGUGGAAUGAUAUAUCCGACCAUGUAUCAAAAAACAUUAUGCCAGCUAUUGACAAAACAUUAAACAAAAGAAUGGUUUACAAUCAAACGGAACUUAAAUUCAUCUUGCAACAACUCCAUCGUCACAGGGAAGAUUUAGAAGAAAUAAUUGAUGACGGUAAGUAUCAUUCUGAUGAAGCGUCAGAGACAGAUAAUGAAAAGGCGCAAAUGGAAAUUAACGAACAUAUUAGGCUAAAAAAUAA